AUGUCGGACCUUUCGCGUCUCUCCACCAACGUCACCUCUACUAGCAGCAAUAGCAGUACUACAAACCUCUCAUCGCCCGUUCCUCCUCCUCCACCGCCUCCCCCGGCACAUCAGACCAGCCAGAAAUACUCUCAUCGGGCAGCCAACGCCCUGGCUAGAUUUGCCCAACCGUUCUUGUCCGCGUCUCGUCCGCCCAGCCCGCAGGCCUCUUCCGCUGCCAAUGGUCGUACUGAAUUGGCUGUUGGUCCUCGUCACACGAGGUCCAAGUCUCUGCCCGGAGUUUCUCAAUCGGUAACUCAUAAAACCGGCAUUCCCAUUUCAGCGUUGGAUAUCUCGCCUCAACGGACUCAUGCAGUAAUCGGCGGCAAGGAGAUCCUCAAGACCAUUCGUGUAUCGCCAGACCAUUCUUCGGAGGAAUACAACCUGCGCAAUGCGAUCAUCAGCUUUUCAUCCACUCAUUAUGGGGGAAGUACGCUUUCUGCGCGGCACAAGGACCAGCUAGCGGUGAAAGAUGUGAAGUGGUCUCAUGGAAAUUUUGACCAGGUUAUCGCCACUGCCAUAGCAAAUGGCCGCAUCAUUGUCUACGACUUACAUCGUACCGGCCUCGAGUUCUGUCGUUUUCAGGGACAUAGCCGCCAGGUUCAUCGGCUGGCAUUCAACCCGCACUUCCCAGCAUGGUUACUGUCGGGGAGCCAGGACUCCUCCAUUCGGAUGUGGGACUUACGCAUGGCCUCCUCCGAACGGGGUGUUUCUACAAUUGGGAGCAAAGAACUAUACAAUGGGAACAGUGACGCCAUUCGCGAUAUAAGGUGGUCUCCAAGUGAUGGCGUCAUGUUUGCUACCGCCACCGAUAGUGGUGCUGUUCAGCUGUGGGAUUACCGCAAGACCAAUGCCCCCUUGAUGCGAAUCACAGCUCACGAUCGCUCGUGUUUUUCUGUCGAUUGGCAUCCAGACGGGAAACACGUUAUUACGGGUGGUGCGGACCGGCAGGUCAAGGUUUGGGACUUCUCAUCUUCGGCCGAGCGACGACAGAAACCGACUUUCCAGUUUCGGACCCCGCAGGCGGUCUUGAACGCUCGAUGGCGCCCGCCCUCCUGGAUCAGGGAUUCGUCGCAGGGCUCGAGCGAUUGGCAGUCGUUGCAGGUGGUGACAUCCUAUGACAAGGAGGAUCCACGAAUCCAUCUAUGGGACCUGCAACGCCCACAUAUCCCCUUUCGGGAAUUUGAUCGGUAUGACACCCAGGCGGCCGAUCUGCUAUGGCAUUCCAAGGAUCUCCUGUGGACGGUAGGGGAUUCUGGAGCUUUCACUCAGACAGAUGUUCGAUAUGCGCCUCAAGUUGUCAAUCGUCGCCCGACGGGUUCCAUCGCUUGGAGCCCCAAUGGCGAAGUGCUUGCGUUCAUGCAGAAGCGUCCUCGUCGAAGUCCCCUAGGUCUUACUACUUCGGAGUUUCUGGGUUACGAGGCGGACGAGAGGAAUGCCAGUGAAAGGGGCCUGGGCCAUAGCCCGGCCGACGAUAUUUUGGAUGAACCGUCCUUCACGUCUGCCAUCCGUCAUCGACAUACGAAGUCUGUUGGUGCCCGGCCGUCCAAAUCGCUAGGAAGUACUCCACCCGGCGCUCCGGACUUCAUUCCUGUUGCUCCGCUGGAACAAGCAUUGUCGAAAAACAAGGCACCGGGACCCCGGCAGUUGGGAUUAAUGGGUAGCAUUCCGGGAGCUACGAUGCAUUCGACUCUCUUCCGAUAUUUAACUCGCCAGUAUUCCGCUUUAAUGAGAAGCAGUGACGAGAAACCGGUCCACUCUGACCUUUUACGGUCUCUCCUUGAGUCAUUCGAGUAUAAUGCAGAGUCUGCAGAAGCGGCUUCCCUUUUUCAGCUGGCUCAGACCUGGAGAAUCGUUAAAUUUGUCGUCCUUCAGGAGCUUCAAAUCAAGUCGCGAGAACAGCUCCGGUCGACUGACAAGACUGCCAGUGGCAUUAAAAAGAAGAUGUCCAAAGAAGGCCUACUAGGUGAGAAAAGUCGUCCACUAGACGAGGGCAGACAUGACAAGAUGAAGAACCGAUUAUUCAAAGGUGUUAUGGAAACGGAGGGGCAUCGAAUUGCCCUCUCUGACGGGGAAAGCCCUUCCAAUAUAGCUACGCCCUUGGCCCGUCCAUUGCCGGAUUCUCCAGUAGGAUCGGAUAGUAGCGUCACAUCCAACAAUGAUCUGGCAGACAUUCAGCCUCUACCACCGUCCGUUCUCAGUUCAAACAGGGGCACUCUGGAUACGAAUGAUUGGUCUGACAUGGACGCCCGCGACUCCGUACAGUUCCAGCACCGCCAAUCGACUUCAAGUGACCAAGCUUCGUUGACAAGCUCCCUAUCAGGACAGGUCCAAGGCUCCUCGUCUUCAGACUUUCCAGUUGACCAAAGGUCAGCUCCGCGGGCGAUUACUGGUCGGGCUGACUGGCGCGGCUCCGAAGAGGACGAAUAUCAACAGAAAAUCGAAGAUAAACGAGCAGCCAUCCGUGAUUACAAACAAUUUCCCAAAAAGGUAUUGUCGCUCGAAUCACCUCUAGAAUCAAAGCCAUCCAACCUUCAUAAUCAUGAAUCAUCGGAUAGCUUCCCUAUGUUCUCUGCCUCCACAGAAAGCUCACAUCCCUCCAAGUCAAUCGGGGCAUCCUUUUCUCCUACGUCGAAGUUGUAUGAGCAUAGGAAGAAAACCAUAGAUGGCGAUGCCGUUGAGCGGAACCAAAUUAGGUCCCGGAGCGGCUCGUUACUGGAAGCUGAGCCUGUGAUUGUGCAAGAUAAAGAAGCUGUGCGGGGCGACAUGUCCUUUGAAGAGAGCUUGCCGGAGACUGAUCACGUACACCUAGAACGACCCUCUAGCCCCCCAAUGCUUCUGAAAGAAUCUGAUCCUCUUGGAUCGUCUAACCAGGAAGAGGAACCCCAAGUCGAUAAUGACUCCACGGCUGCUAACACCACAAUACCCAAAGCUACUGAAGAUCUUUGUGGAAUGACACUUCCAAUUCAGUCUGAUAUGACAGAAAACAAGCCUUGGAGUGUCGAAUUUUUGAUGAGAGAGGCCAUCCGGCACUACCAUAGCAACAGCACCCACGUCGAUACCCAGACUGCUGCUCAUCUGCUCCAGAGAUUACAUAUUCUCUUCCAAGAUUGCGAUAACAUUCUUCCUUAUGAGGAAUGUGAGAUGAUAUUCAAAACAUACAACGAACAGCUGCUGCGACAAUCCAUGUAUCUCGAGGCAGCAGAGCUGCGGCUUCUCUGUGUUCCGUCCUACCCAACCGUGUAUGACUAUGCACAGAUGGACACUUUCAUCAACGUCUUCUGUUUCAAAUGCAAACGACCAUACGAAAACCCGAAACAGGACAACCGUCGUUGCCAUCGCUGCGAUACAUCUCAAGACCCUUGUGCUAUCUGCAUGAGUAUCGACCCGCCUCCUGAAUGGGUUGCGGAGCAGUCGGAAUCUUUAGCGCGCGUCGAGGACUCUGAAGGAGAUACCGAAGCCGCAUCGCAGCUUCUGUCGUCUGGUUUGUCAACCCAAAGAGAGCCGAUUCCUCCGUUUGAGAUGCAGCAGUUGGACAAACCGUAUUUGGACUCCUUCUCCGCUCCACGCCCCAAGGGAUCAUCCCUCUGGACAUGGUGCCAAGGCUGCGGGCAUGGCGGCCACAUGGCCUGCAUCGUCACAUGGCUGAACGAUGUCUCAAUGAGCGAAGGCGGCUGCGCAACCCCAGGCUGUAUGCACGACUGCGGACCAGGCCCACGUCGUGAACAGAACCGUGCUGCGCUGCUUGAGGAAUCAAAACGGCGCGAUCCUGUCGGCCGCAGAGCUGGCACGGGCUUCGCCAGACGAGAUCGCUGGGAUAUGACGGAAAGUAACGCUGCGGAGAAAGCUCGGGGCAUGCUGGGGGUUGGGCCUGGCAUUCCGGCCGAUGGUGUAACGCCCUCAGGGACGAUUUCGCCAAAGAAAGUCCGGCUUGUUACACCUAGCGAGCAAGGGAAGCGACGGCCCGGCACGACUCGAGUUAGCUUGGGGGGUGCAAUUGAGCAGGGAGGUCGUGAUCGUCUGAUGUGA